AUAUUCUUAUCUUUUGGGCUCCUCCUGUAGCGUAUUAUUCCAGCUACUCACCAAUAAUACGGAGUGUUUUGACUGGCCUGCGUUAAGGAAAGAGGCAAAGAAGGGACAGAGCAAAUUACGAAUUCAAAUCGGGGCAAUGAAUCCAGACGCAGUUGCAACGGCAUUCGUGGAGCACUACUACUCCACCUUCGAUUCGAAUCGGGCCGGGCUUGCGAACCUGUACCAAGAAGGUUCUAUGUUAAGUUUCGAAGGGGUGAAGAUUCAAGGAGCUCAGCAUAUUGUGGCUAAGCUUACCAGUCUGCCUUUCCAGCAGUGCAAGCACCAGAUCAACACCGUCGAUUGUCAGCCUUCUGGUCCUAUCGGCGGCAUGCUUGUCUUUGUUAGUGGCAAUCUUCAACUUCCCGGCGAAGAGCACGUCCUCAAGUUCAGUCAGAUGUUUCAUUUGAUGCCAACACAACAAGGGAGUUUCUAUGUGAUGAAUGACAUUUUCCGGUUGAACUAUGCAUGAAGGGUACUGGGUUGAAUUGUCCCUUGUUCGUGUUUCCUUGAUUGAUUUCUUCGGAACUGAACAAGUUUACUGAUUAUAUUCUAAGAGUUUGAAAGAUAUUGCUUCUAUUGGAUAUCUCAGCCAGUAAGAGACUGGUUUACUAGUAGUUUGUUGAGUGAUCAACGGAUUAAACUUUAUUAAAAAGCAAAUGAGCUCUUCCUUGUUGCGAGAUAUUAUAUGCUUUAAUAAUUGCUGCUUCUAAGUCUCAA